AGGACCCGUGCGUAUUUACGCUCAGAAAGUGUGUGUGUGCAUGUGUCCGGGGAGAGUUGGAGAGCCCGCGGCGCGCUGACAGGAGAGCCGCGAGCGGGACCCGGCAGCGGGUGAUAAGCCUUCAGAGAGGAGGAAGAGAGCUCGUUCAUUUGGCUUUUAUUUGCCUGCCUCUCCACGCGCUCUGCCGGCUGGCUGAGAAAGGAAAGCAAACAAGCUGAUUAAGAAGAAGGGUCCGAUUCAGCCCGAACAGCUCCAGUGUUCUGAUCGUAUUUUUAGCAUCCCUCCUUUGCCCCUCUCUCUCCCCGUCCCUUCUGAGCGCGGAGUGGCAGAGGGAGGGACGGCAGAAGCGGGCGGACGGACCGCGAAGCCGCGCGCCUCCCCGGUGGAUGACCCACUGGAUGCGGGGCGAUGGAUUAACAGCCUUCCCCGGAGCCUGUCGCUGCUUCUUUUUCACCGCCGAGCCCCUGUCCACCUCGGGAUUAUUUCAGCUCUCACCGGCCUCCCCUCCCUCCCUCUCGAGAUGACCGAGGAAUAUGUUUUGCGGUGCGUCCUGAUGCUCUGCUGCGCGCUCCUCUCGGCCAACGCGAGUAACUGGCUGUACCUGGCCAAGCUGUCGUCUGUGGGAAGCAUCAGGGAUGAGGAGACGUGCGAGAGGUUACGAGGCCUCAUCCAGAGACAGGUUCAGAUCUGUAAGCGCAGUGUGGAGGUAAUGGAUGCGGUGCGUCGCGGAGCCCAGCUGGCUAUAGAUGAGUGUCAGUUCCAGUUUCGCAACCGUCGAUGGAACUGCUCCACUCUGGAGACCAUGCCUGUGUUUGGCAAAGUGGUCACCCAGGGCACCCGUGAGGCAGCCUUUGUGUAUGCCAUCUCAGCAGCCAGUGUGGCGUUUGCGGUCACAAGGGCCUGCAGCAGCGGAGAGCUGGAAAAAUGUGGCUGUGACCACAAUGUUCAUGGAGUCAGUCCAGAGGGGUUCCAGUGGUCGGGCUGCAGUGAUAACAUUGCGUAUGGAGUGGCCUUUUCUCAGUCCUUUGUGGAUGUGAGGGAGAGGAGUAAAGGCCAGUCAUCCAGUCGGGCUCUCAUGAAUCUGCACAACAAUGAGGCGGGAAGGAAGGCCAUCCUGUCCCACAUGCGUGUGGAGUGCAAAUGUCAUGGUGUGUCAGGCUCCUGUGAGGUAAAGACCUGCUGGAAAGCCAUGCCGCCCUUCCGCAAGGUGGGAAACGUCAUCAAGGAGAAGUUUGACGGCGCCACUGAGGUGGAGCAGCGCAAGGUGGGCACCACCAAAGUCCUGGUGCCUCGAAACUCCCAGUUCAAACCUCACACAGAUGAAGAUCUGGUCUACCUGGAACCCAGUCCAGAUUUCUGCGACUAUGACCCGCGCACACCGGGUAUGCUGGGCACGGUGGGCCGCCAGUGCAACAGAACCUCAAAGGCCAUCGACGGCUGCGAGCUGAUGUGUUGUGGCCGCGGCUUCCAGACACAGGAGGUGGAGGUGGUGGACAGGUGCAGCUGUAAGUUCCACUGGUGCUGUUAUGUCAAAUGCAAACAGUGCCGCAAAAUGGUGGAGAUGCACACUUGCCGGUGAUGGGAAUGGGGGGGGCACAGAGGGCACUGCUGAUGAACAAAACAAACGCCCCACACUCAUACUCCAAGGCCAGAGGGAGCAAGGAGGACUUGUGAAGCUCCCUCUCCUCCUGCUUGAAACCACCCACCUCCUACUACUGGUCAACAGAAACAGACUGAGUGGCUGAGAGGUCAAAUGUCAUCCUAUUCAUUCAUCCACCGUAAUGGAUAUCAAUAGAUUAUGCAUGGGAUUUCCUACAAAGCUACAGAGGCAGUUUGUUUCUUCUAGUAGAGAGCAUCUUUCACUUUCUGUCUCCCUCCCUCACUCUCAUAUUUGCUUUGUCAUUGAUGCUUCUUAUUUUUGUAAUGUUUAACUUAUUUGUUCAGAUUGACGAGGGGUGGACCUAGAAGGAGGGGACAGAUGAGUGGAGAUAAUAAGGGACAAA